AUGGCAAAGGCAUACACGCAGGAUGAUUUUGAUGAGUUGAUGGGAAAGGUUCAAAAGGUAGAUAUGCGCGUGGCAGAGUAUUUGGAAUCGGCUGGUAGAGACAAGUGGGCUAGAUUGUAUGCAUUUGUUAACCGAGGGUGGACAAUGACUUCUAACAUAGCAGAGUGCAUUAACCGACAUCUUCUAGCAGCUAGAGAACUGCCUACUUAUGACUUUCUCGAAGAAGUUAGAAGGAUGUUUGGGAGAUGGAAUUACAAUAAUCGGAAAAAUGGAACAUACACGUUCACUACACUCGAACCGUCAACCGAAUUCGUGUACACAGUACAUGAUGGAGGACGGCGAUUCAUUCUUAAUUUGAAUAGCAAAACUUGCAGUUGUCGUAUGUUUCAACUAGAUGAAAAUGCAUGGGCUGUCAUUAAAAAUAAAAAUCUGGUUGCUGAGGAUUAUUGCUCAGAUUUGUUCAAACUGGAGACCGUGUUGAAGACAUAUGAUGUACCUGUGGAUCCUAUACCCGACGAGCGUGAAUGGAACAUUCCCAAAAACAUCUUGGAGGAUGUGGUUUUGCCACCAAGAUACAAGAGACCGCCUGGUAGGCCAAAGAAGAGACGUGAUAAGCCUUUAAGUGAAUUGUUGUUUGGAAAGAGCAGACAUGCUUGCAGUACUUGUGGACAACUUGGGCACAACAGACGUUCAUGUAGUUUUGAGCCUCUGAGGAAGUAA